AUGGACGAUCACGGCGACUUCGAUAGUGUUUCGUGGCAAAGAGAUGAUGCCCAGGAUGCCGCAUCUUCGUCCCCUUUCCACCAACAAUCACUUCCAGAACGACGUGCGUCGGGCCGCCGGAGCAGCAGCAUAUCAAAUGAGGCCCAAGCAGGCGAAAACGCCGACGAGAUCGAUUUGGCAGGUAUCGGUCGUGACGGCAUACUCGACGUGACUGUCGAUACACCCCUCAAAGAAAAUGAUGGAACUAAGGAUGCUUACGUGUCCUACCUUGUCACAACUCACACAGAUUUCAAGUCUUUCCAGCGAUCCGACUUCUCCGUCCGACGACGUUUCACCGACUUUGUCUUCCUGCGACAGUCCUUGCACCGAGAAUACCAAGCUUGCGCUAUUCCACCCCUUCCAGAAAAGAACAAUAUGGCCUAUGUCAGGGGCGACCGCUUUAGCACCGACUUUACCCAACGCCGAGCCUGGUCGUUGCACCGCUUUAUCAAACGUUGUACCCUGCAUCCAGUCCUCCGGAGAUCUGCCAUCCUCAUCCUCUUCCUCGAAACCGCAGACUGGAACGCCCAGAUGAAGAUGAGGCCUUCUCGGAGUAACACCGUAGGCGAAAGCAACAACAACGCCUCAGCUCCAACAGGAUUCUUCGAUAACGUCGCAGACACCAUGUUGAAUGCAUUCUCCAAAGUCCACAAACCUGACAAACGCUUUAUCGAAGUGACGGAACGAGCCAACAAGCUAGAUGAAGAUUUGUCCCACGUAGAAAAGAUCAUCGCAAGGGUGGCCAGGCGAGAGGGUGAUUUGGAAACUGACUAUGCCGACUUAGCCACCAACAUGCGGAAAUUGACUCCCUUGGAACCCGAGAUCGAGGCGCAAUUACAAACAUUCGCCGGCUGUGUCGAGGAAUCGUCUCGCGGGUGGAAGUCGCUCAAAGACCAUACCGACCAAAAUUAUUUGGGUAGCCUCCGCGAUAUGGAGGCUUAUAUUGCCUCAGUGAAGGCCCUCCUCAAGACCCGAGAGCAGAAGCAGCUCGACUUCGAGGGGCUGACAGACUAUCUGCAAAAGGCUACAUCGGAACGAGACAUGCUUGCUUCUAGCAAUCCAUACUCACACGGGUCUAAUUUGAACCCGGCGAACUUCAUCCGCAACAAGGUGGAAGACAUGCGAGGGGUUGACCACGAGACAGCACGACGAGAUCGUGCCCGCAAAUUGGAACUCAAGAUUGCCGAGCUCAACCGAGAGGUGGACAGCGCCAAAGGUACAAGUGAAAUGUUUGAUGAACAGGUAGUGCGUGAGGUUGCCGACUUUGAAAGGAUCAAAGGUGCAGAAUUUCGGGACAGUCUUGGUGCUCUGGCCGUCCAACACAUGGAAUUUUACCAAAGUGUCAUCUCCACCUGGGAACGCUUUCUCGUGGACAAUGAUGCGGACAAGUAUGUGCACAAAGACAAGGGUCGAGCGACUUGA